CAAAAUCAUUUCACAACACUAGCUCUGUCAAACGGGUUCUUUUGAAAGUCAAAUUUUUGCAGCAUUUUGGUUUAUUGAUAAACAAAGUAGCUGACAACAGCAUUUUCUUUUUCUUUUGUUCUAUCGUCGCGUCGUCUGUUUCGGUUGGUAAACGGAAGGGUUUUUUUUUAAACUACGACAGGAGAGUAUACUCAAAAAAAUGGAUGUGAUUGCUGCAGCCCGUAUCAGUCAAAUCGAACAAAUUACCAAAGCUAAAGUAUCGGACAAUGACACCCAUUCCAGCUGUUCGAUUUGUAUAAGUGAUUUUAUGAAAAAUGAAAUCAUCCUCAUUUUGCCCUGUGUUCACAAAUUCCAUAGAACGUGCAUCCAGACAUGGCUGUCCAAAAACAAUACGUGUCCUUCGUGCCGGGAGCGAGUAUUCGAAGACACGGAUCCGUUCGGGAACGCCGACGACAGCAGUUCCGACGAAAGCGUUAAUGUCGACAUUGCUGAUUUUUCGUUCGACCUACAAAGUUCGAUAAAUUCACUUCUACAUUCGGCGGACAUGUCAGAUGUGUCAGACGUGUCAGUCGCAUCGGAUUCAAUUGCAUCAGAUAUGUCAGACGAUGAAUCAGACAUGUCAGGUAUACCUGAUCUGUCGGGCACGGUAUGGGGAUACUCACCAUCGCCGUCUGAUACGUUAGAAAUGGUUGCUGGAAGCGAUGAUAGCAGCUCGAAUGCGGCGUCGGAUGACUCGUCAGAUGAAACAGAUGUCAUGAAUGAAUCUCACAUCACUGUGACUUCGGAAAGUGAAGAUUCGGAACACAGUGAUGCUUCGGCAAUGGUAUUUCCGAUUUCCAGCGAUGAGUCGUCAGACUCAGAUUUAAUGCUUUAUGAUAGUGAUAACGAUAGCAGCGACUGAUACUAAGCCUUUAUUUGAUAAUUAAAUGUGAAACUCUUAUUGAA